CUCGCCUUCCUUUCUCCAAAUCCUGACGCGACAACAUCGACUGUCGCAGUAGUAGUACUAUGCUACGUGUAAACAUCUCAAUUCCAAAACCAGAAAAGAACCGUCUCAGCUCUCAUCCCAAAAAUAUUUUUAAACAAAGAAAGAAAGAUCCUGUGAGCUUUUCAGAGAAAGGAAAAGAGAGACAGAGAGAGAUGGUGUGGCUUAUGAAUCACCAUCUUCAUCAUCAUCAACUUCCGAGAUGGAACAAAGCUCGUAUCUGGGCAGGAACUUCGCUCAUAUGGCUCAUCUUCAUGUGGGUCACUCCCAAGAUUUCUCACUCUCCACAACACCACCUUUUCGCUGACAUGCGCAAUUUUCUUGGAGUACCCAACACUUUGAAUGUGAUCACAAAUUUCCCAUUUUUGGUUGUUGGUGUUCUGGGCUUUGUGUUAUGUGUCAAAGGAGAGUUUUUUAAUAUAAGUUUGAGAGGUGAGGUUUGGGGUUGGGCGUUGUUCUAUGCUGGGAUCACUGGUGUGGCUUUUGGUUCUGCUUAUUAUCAUUUGAAGCCUUGUGAUGAUAGAGUAGUGUGGGACACCUUACCGAUGAUGAUGGCAUAUUCCUCACUUUUUUCUAGUUGCCUAAUAGAAAGAGUGGGGGAGAAGAUCGGCUUGACUUGUCUGUUUGCACUUAUUCUUGCUGCUUUCCUGAGUACUGCUUAUGAAAGAUUCUAUAACGAUCUUAGGUUGUGCAUGAUGUUCCAGUUGAUCCCCUCUGUUGCAAUUUCAGUUAUUGCAUUUGUGUAUAGACCCAAAUAUACUCAUUCAAGAUAUUGGUUUUGGGCAACAGGUGUUUACCUCAUAUCCAAAUUCGAAGCUAUCGCAGACAAGAAAAUAUACAAUUCCAAUCAUUAUUUCGUCAGCGGACACUCUUUGGGGCAUUUGUGUUCAUCAUUGGUUCCUGUUCUGCUGAGUGUUAUGCUCAUAUACAGAACCAAAAAAUGUCAAAGACUAGGCGAAACCAAGGAGCGCCCUUGAAGGAGUAGACAAGAAAAAUGUAGCCUUUCAUAGUCUAAAACCUUUGGAGUUUUGUAUAGUCAUUACACUACAAAACUUACCUCAAACUUCACAUAUUAAGGAUUCAACUGAUAUUUUUGUCCAUUUGGCUAUCUGGGGUCUGAUCUUUAGUUUCCAUUUCAGAGAGAGCAUUCAUUCUUUUUCUUCGCAACAGAGGGCAGCGAUUGCCCGGUAACCGAAAUGAUGUAGGAAAAGUAGAAAAUACAUAGUUGCAGCCAUUUUUUGAAACUGAUGUUGAUGAGAAAUGACUUGAUGAAAGUCAUCACUGUAAAGAUCUUUGUAACUCGAUUCAACUUUGCCCUUUUAAUGUAGUGAUUUACCUUUCUUAUC